ACCACUUCGCACACGUCGACAUCAGACCACUUACCACACGUCGGCGUCAGACCACUUCGCACACGUCGACAUCAGACCACUUCCCACACGUCAGGACAUCAGACCACUUCCCACACGUCGACAUCAGACCACUUCCCACACGUCAGGACAUCAGACCACUUCCCACACGUCGACAUCAGACCACUUCCCACUCGACAUCAGACCACUUCCCACUCGUCGACAUCAGACCACUUCCCACACGUCGACAUCAGACCACUUCCCACUCGUCGACAUCAGACCACUUCUCACACGUCGACAUCAGACCAUUUCCCACACGGCGACAUCAGACCACUUACCACUCGUCGGCGUCAGACCACUUCCCACACGUCGACAUCAGACCACUUCCCACACGUCGACAUCAGACCCCUUCUCACACGUCGACAUCAGACCAUUUCCCACACGGCGACAUCAGACCACUUACCACUCGUCGGCGUCAGACCACUUCCCACACGUCGACAUCAGACCAUUUCCCACACGUCGACAUCAGACCACUUCCCACUCGACAUCAGACCACUUCCCCCUCGUCGACAUCAGACCACUUCCCACUCGACAUCAGACCACUUCCCCCUCGUCGACAUCAGACCACUUCCCACACGUCGACAUCAGGGGACUUCCCACCCGUCGACAUCAGACCACUUCGCACACGUCGACAUCAGACCACUUCCCACACGUCGACAUCAGGGGACUUCCCACCCGUCGACAUCAGACCACUUCGCACACGUCGACAUCAGAUCACUUCCCACACGUCGACAUCAGACUACUUCCCACACGUCGACAUCAGACCACUUCGCACACGUCGACAUCAGACCACUUCCCACACGUCAGGACAUCAGACCACUUCCCACACGUCGACAUCAGACCACUUCCCACUCGACAUCAGACCGCUUCCCACUCGUCGACAUCAGACCACUUCCCACUCGACAUCAGACCGCUUCCCACUCGUCGACAUCAGACCACUUCCCACACGUCGCCAUCAGACCACUUCUCACACGUCGACAUCAGACCAUUUCCCACACGUCGACAUCAGACCACUUACCACACGUCGGCGUCAGACCACUUCGCACACGUCGACAUCAGACCACUUCCCACACGUCAGGACAUCAGACCACUUCCCACACGUCGACAUCAGGGGACUUCCCACACGUCGACAUCAGACCACUUCGCACACGUUGACAUCAGACCACUUCCCACACGUCGACAUCAGACCCCUUCUCACACGUCGACAUCAGACCAUUUCCCACACGUCGACAUCAGACCACUUACCACUCGUCGGCGUCAGACCACUUCGCACACGUCGACAUCAGACCACUUCCCACACGUCAGGACAUCAGACCACUUCCCACACGUCGACAUCAGACAACUUCUCACACGUCGACAUCAGACCAUUUCCCACACGUCGACAUCAGACCACUUACCACUCGUCGGCGUCAGACCACUUCCCACACGUCGACAUCAGACCAUUUCCCACACGUCGACAUCAGACCACUUACCACUCGUCGGCGUCAGACCACUUCCCACACGUCGACAUCAGACCACUUCUCACACGUCGACAUCAGACCAUUUCCCACACGUCGACAUCAGACCACUUACCACUCGUCGGCGUCAGACCACUUCGCACACGUCGACAUCAGACCACUUCCCACACGUCGACAUCAGACCACUUCGCACACGUUGACAUCAGACCACUUCCCACACGUCGACAUCAGGGGACUUCCCACACGUCGACAUCAGACCACUUCGCACAC